CUAUGCCUCCUUCAUUGUAUUAAGGGAAAUUAAUAUCUGGUAUCCUUAAUUAAGAUUAAGGGAAAUUAAGAUAAUUCUCAUUAAAAGUUGUGUGUCAAAACACAAAAUAAUAAUAAUAAUUACACUGGGACCCUGUAGUUCUUUGAAUUUAGAUAUAAUGGUCCUUCAUAGUUUUAAUUUGAUUCUUAUUAUUUUAAGGGCUGCGGGUAUCCAUCAUUCUCCACCCGUCUAUUUUCUAUUCAAUUCCUUGUUCUUCUGUUCAUUAUCUUUAGCUUUCUCUUUUAUUGUUUGCUUCUGCGACUCGUUCAAGUAAACUUUGUUUCGUUUCAUCUUUCUUGCUCUUUUGAGUGUUUCUUACCCUUUUUCCUUCCCUUCAAAACCCACCAAGAAAAUAGCCCGGAAAUUCGUUCCAAGAAUCAAGGAACCGAUCAUGUCUUCCCCAAGCAAACGCCGGGAGAUGGACUUGAUGAAACUGAUGAUGAGUGAUUAUAAGGUGGAUAUGCUCAAUGAUGAUAUGCAGGAGUUCUAUGUUCAUUUCCAUGGACCUAAUGAAAGUCUCUAUCAUGGUGGUGUUUGGAAAAUAAGGGUGGAGCUUCCGGAUGCUUACCCCUAUAAAUCUCCAUCUAUAGGCUUUAUUAAUAAGAUCUUCCACCCAAAUGUGGAUGAGAUGUCGGGGUCUGUUUGUUUAGAUGUGAUCAAUCAGACAUGGAGCCCCAUGUUCGAUCUCUUAAAUGUGUUUGAAACUUUUCUUCCCCAACUUCUUUUAUACCCAAACCCAUCAGACCCAUUGAAUGGGGAGGCUGCUGCUUUGAUGAUGCGUGAUCGAGCUGCUUAUGAACAGAAAGUCAAAGGUAAUUUGUUACUUUGAUAAGACAAAUUUCUUUGUAUUUAUUAAUAGUGAGAAAAUGGUAGCUCUUUACUUCAUUUUUAGUCACAAGAUUUUGCAUUGUUCUAUUCUAUUUGUAUAGCCUUUCAAUUUGCAAAUUUAAUAUUGCAUGAGAUUGGCAUUGUAGUUUCUCUGUAAUAAUUUGCAUCAAAAGCAGUUCUGCAAUAAUGAGGUUCAGUUUGUAACUUCAACACUCAAAUGGGGUUUCACAUUGUAGUUUCUUUGUAAGCAUCUUCAUCAGAAGCGGGACAACUGCAAUAAUUAUGUUUUCUAAUUCAUUUUUUAUUUUUUAUUUUCUUUUUAAUUUUUUUGGGUUACAACAUGACAUUCACAAGUGCCGUAAUAUGCUUGCUGAACCUGUACUCUUCACAUAAUAUGCUUGCUGAACCGGUACUCUUCAUGUUGGACCGUGUUUAAGUACGGCAACAAGGUUCUGCCAGGAAUUUUAUCCCACAAAUCAGAAGCAACUUUACAUAUGGAUUUGGAGUGGACAACUUAUGUUUAGCUCUUAAAUCUUAAUUCUUUAUUCAAUUUGUGAAAUUUAGUUUGCUGGAGGACAUAACUACGCUGAAGAAAGAAAAGUGCCGAGCAUAGAUUUAGACUGUCACUGACAUUAGAAAUUUAUUUCCUGUGUCUGCCAACAGUAGGUAAAGAGAGUAGGAAUUGUAACUAUGGAUACAAGGAAUGCUGAUGAUUUUAGAUUUGGUGCAAUGAUUGAUACGUUCAGAAGUUGUGUUAGGUGGCAGCGCAGUUGCCUUCCUGACUUGAAUAUUAAAUCUAGUGUCGUGUCGACUUUUCAUUGAUUGAUGCUUGCAUAUCAAUGGUUUACAUUUAACUACUUUUCUACUGAAUAUUUUGCAUAAGCCUUUGAAGCCUUGUAUGCAGUAUCCCUUGUUUUUUGAUCCCUUGUAUUUUGAUGUUCAUAUGUGCAACGCUUCUACUCUAUUUUGUUUAUCGAAAAAUCCUUCGCAACAAACCCCAUUUGUCAUCCUCGAUUGCUCAAAAUUUUCUUUGGGACAUGAGUUUCUUCAGUCCCUUUACUGAAUUGAUCUUCCUCUAGUAUGAUGAACGUGCUCAUUCUAUACACUGUCUCAGAAUACUGUCAAAAGUAUGCGAAGCCAGAAGACAUCGGAGCAGUACCUGAGGAGAAAUCGAGUGACGAUGAGGAACUCAGUGAAGAUGAAUAUGAUUCUAGUGAUGAAGCUAUUGCUGGCCCUGUGGAUCCUUAGCCAGCAUCUAUUUCUAGUCGUUAUCUUGUAAAUUAUUGUCUGUUCCUGCAUAUGUAAACUUAAAUCUGAUAGACUAUUUAUUGGGAAAGGGAUUAGCAUAAGUGCCAGAAUCCCAUCCCCCAUCAUUUAUUCUCUUGUUGUAAAUAUAUGCAUUGUUAAACACAUUCUCAUGUUUAUUCACUAAGUUUUUCUUAUUGAUUAGUAGCCUUGUCUCCUUGUCUGUGGACAUCAUGGUAUCAAAAUACUGUGAACAUGCAUUUCUAAUUCUAGCUCAUUGAUCAGGCUUCAGUUCAUGGUUUACUAUAUAUGAACACAUGACCCUCUGUCCUUUCAAUCACAGCAGAGCAUGUAACUGACAGUACAGACCACUGUUGAGGUC